AUGAACGCAUUUCUCCUUUUGGCUAUAGUUUUUUCCUUCCUAGGAUUUUGUCGAACUGAGCAAAAUAAUGGCAUGGGCGGCGGAAACCCAGAACAGAAAUGCCAAGUGAUUAGUAACGCGAAGGAGCUAAUAACGAAGAUAGAUGCAGAGCCUGUGAAGAACCAAUACGUAACUUAUAUUUACCACAGCUCCAUAUGUUCCUACUGUACAAAGGUUACGGAUUCUAUUAAGGACAACGAAAAUGUAGAAAUUAUUCACUUUCAUGAGGAUAGCAAUUUGGAAGAGUUGGUCAAGACGGAGAAGCCAAUUGUCGUUUUAAUGAAAAAUAUUAACAAGGGAAGCUCCAUUGAUAGAAGCGCCUUCUUCGCAGAACUGAAUGAGAAAGGAGGAAAAAUUCAAGUUCCUGCUCUCGAAGUACAUGAUUUUAUUAUGUACGAAUCGGAUGAAAUUAUUAAGUUUUAUAAGCAUUUGAUAGAAAAAGUUGCAGGAGGUGAUGGUGAUUCUGAGGA